AUGACAUCGGUGGCUGGCUAUAAAUGUGGUGAGCACACUUGUGGCGUUGAGGUCAAAGAGGGAAUCCAGUGCGACAGAUGCUUGUUAUGGUACCAUAACAACUGCUCUAGAUUAGACCAGGACUCUAUUGAUCUUUAUGCCCGACAUUCCCAAUUAAAGUGGAUUUGCUUCCACUGCGUGUGCUUAGCAGACAUUGGUUCUCGAUUGAUACAUGAUCGGACUUUUGAUUCAGUUACUCAUGUCUCAGAUGUGCAUGAGUCCGCUAGUAGGAACUGUGUGCAUAGACUAGACAGUGCCGAGAAGUUGAUUCGUGACCAGAGCUUGCUAAUUGAGACAUUGCGUUCAAAAGUUGAAGAGUUGCAGUCUUCAUUGGAAUGUUACUUGCGAAGUGCUGAACUUGCUAUGGGUAGACAACGAAACGUUCUUAUCUACAAUAGGGAGGAGCCAGUCAUACGAGAAACUAGAACUCGACGGGACCUAGACAGAAGGCGAGUGCACGAUAUCCUUCGUAUAGCCGGAAUACCGUUAUACGUUGGUAUCAAGAGAGUACAUCGUGUUGGCAGCUGGAGAGAAACAAGUAUGCUCCGCCACCAAGGUUAUGCAAGGCCUAUCCUGGUUGAGUUUCGGAACCCUAUACACCGGGACCUUCUACUUAACAGGGCUGGAUUGGUUGCAAGUCAGACAAAUGGUCGGUAUCAAAUAGCACCGGACACACUAACUUCGAAGGCUAAAGCCUCUCGGCUGAGCCGGUUAGAAGAUACUAGUACCAGCUUGGCUAACGAAUCUGCGGUCUCACACGUUGGAAUUCAUGAUAGUGAGCCUCACGUUAUGCAGACACCUAAGAAAAACUCUAGCGUUUGCUCUCCUGUGGCAAGAGCAGUCAGCUUGUCUGGACAACCCCCUUCACAAAACGCCAGCGAGAUAACUCCUGGCCUGCAUUUGGUUGUGGAGAAACUUGCUCUUGAUGGAAAUGUGAAUCACACAUCUAUGGCGGAAGAGGGCAGUGAAGGUGUGGUAAUGGGACUUCAGCCGGUGCGUUCAAAAACAAUCGAGGCCUCAUGCUCGACAGUAGUGUCACCAAAGUCCAUGGGUGGUAUGCCCUUUUCACAAAAUGAUAGGAUAAAUGAAAAACUUGCCACACCUAAAUUGGACCGUACAGAUAAUCCGAAGUGCACUGCUGUUAGGUUGACUCAGGUAAAUGGGAGGAAACCCAUCGGGAGUUUAUCCAGCAAGCCCAGGCGGGCGAAGCCAGGAAAGGGAUUAUCCCGUAAUGCGUUACAGCAGCCCAGCGUUGAUUCAUCGACUCAGGCAGCUGAUCGAAAUGAAAUGGUACAAAAAAACGGGUUAUCCCCUCGGGCUCUACGUCCGAGGGGAAACAACCGCGUUCGGAGAGAUUAA